AUGGGAAGGAAAGGCUCAGAAGUGUCACCAAGUAACAGGUAUCCCUUGAGGUCUGCGCAUAGUAGUGGUAGAGUUCUUCGCUCUGCCUCAGCCAAUGAUAAUAAGGACAGUGAGCCUCUGAAUGCUGCUGCUGCUACCCAAGCCGCUGUGAAAAAAAGAAGUGGCAGUCAAUUGGAUAGUCCUAAUAGCAGUGUCAGGUUGCUUCGCUCUUCAUCAAAAAAUAAGGACGAGGCACGUAGUGGGCCUCUAAAUGACAGGAUCCCUGAUAAGCCAGCUGCAAAUAAAAGAAAACAUGCCAGUCCCUCACAGGUGGGAAGUCCCAGCAAUAGUGUGAGGGUGCUUCACUCUGCAAUAAAAAAUAAAGAUGAGGCAUGCAGUGAGCCUCUAAGUGACAGGAUCGCUGGUGAGCCAGCUGCAAAUAAAAGAAAAAACGUCAAUCCCUCAAAGCUGGGGAGUCCAAGCUGUGGUGUGAGGGUGCUUCGGUCUGGUUCAAAAGCUAAGGAUGAGACAUGUACCAAGCCUUUAAAUGAUAGCGCUGUUGUUGAACCAGCUUCAAGUAAAAGGAAAUGCACCAGUCCGUCAAAGGUGGGAAGUCCCAGCAAUAGUGUCAGGGUGCUUCGAUCUACAUCAAAAUAUAAGAAUGAGACAUGUACUGAGCCUUUAAAAGAUAGUGAUGCUGUUAAACCAGCUGCAAAUAAAAGGAAAGGUGUCAGUCGUUCAAAGGAGAGAAGUCCCAACAGCAGUGUCAGGGUGCUUCGCUCUGCCUCAAAUAAUAAGAUUGAGGCAUCUAUUGAUUCUCUAAAUAAUAGUACUGCUGGUCAACCAGCUGCGAAAAGAAGAAAAAGUGGCAAUUCCUUCGAGGCAGGAAGCCCUGUGAAGAGUGCCAGGGUGAAGAGUGCCAGGGUGCUUCGCUCUACCUUAGAAAGGAAGAAUGAGGCAUCUAGUGAGCCUUUAAAUGAUAGUGCUGCUGCUCAACCAUCUGCGAGGAAAAGAAAAGGUGGGGCAAUUUCAAAGACCGAUAGUCCAAAGGUUGGUGUUAGGGUUCUUCGCUCUGCCUCAGGAAAGAAGAAUGAGGCAAGUAGUGAGCCUGUAAAUGAUAGUACUUCUGCUGAACCAACUGUGACAAAAAGAAAAAUUUGCAAGCCUUCAAAGGAUCGCAGUCCCAAGAAGGACUACUUAAAAAUUUGUCAAAGAAUUAGAUAUAUUUUGAACCGAAUGAACUAUCAACAAACCUUUAUUCAGGCUUAUGCAAGUGAAGGUUGGAAAGGACAAAGUUUGGAAAAAAUAAGACCUGAGAAGGAGCUUGAACGAGCCAAGGAAGAAAUCCUCCAAUGCAAGUUAAGAAUCCGGGAAGCUUUUCGAAAUAUGGACUCUCUUUUAUCCAAGGGGAAGCUUGAAGAAUCUUUGUUUGAUUCCGCAGGAGAAAUUUCAAGCGAAGAUAUAUUUUGUGCCGUAUGUGGUUCAAAGGAUGUUACUUUACAAAACGACAUCAUUCUUUGUGAUGGAGCCUGUGACAGAGGAUUCCACCAGAACUGUUUGAACCCUCCUUUGCUAACUGAAGAUAUACCUCCUGGGGAUGAAGGAUGGCUUUGCCCUGCAUGUGUGUGCAAAGCAGACUCUAUAGAUGCACUAAAUGAACUUCAAGGAAGCAAGCUCUCUAUUCAUGACUCAUGGGAGAAAGUUUUCCCUGAGGCAGCUUCAAUUGCCAAUGGUUCUAAACAAGUUGAUGCUUCUGAUCUGCUGCCGGAUCAUAUAAAGGACAGUGACAACCUUGCAUUGGCUGAAGGGCAUAUGGUGAAUGAAGUCAGGUUUUCUGCAGAGGAUGACAGCAAAGCGGAUGACCUUGGCUUGCCUUCGGAGGACUCAGGGGAUGGUGACUUCGAUCCAGCAGGUCCAGAUUCUAGUGAAGACCAAAAAGAUGGAUUGAACUCAGAAGUGUCAGAUUUCACAUCUGACUCUGAUGAUUUUUGUGCGGAGAUUGCUAAAUCUUGCGGCCAGGAUGAAGUCUCAGAAUCUCCAUUAUCAAAUGUGAUAAACCGUACUGAUAGAAUGAAACUCAGGGCCGCCGAUAACUGCUCUAAUGAACAAAACCACAAUCAUGCAUUUAUGGACAUGAAACUAGAUCAAGACAUGGUGCUACCAGUUUCAAGCAGGCGGCAGGUUGAACGGUUGGAUUACAAAAAACUAUAUGAUGAGGCAUAUGGGAAAGAAUCAUCUAAUUCAAGUGAUGACGGAGAGUGGUCUGGAAAAGAACUAUUAGAAGGCAGUGAAACAGAUUCACUUGGCGAGCGACUUCAUCCUGUAAAACGGUGCUCUAGAAGAGCACCAGCAGGGCAGCAGAAUAAUGAGCAUACACCACAGAGGGAGCCGCUUCAUGGUUCUGAAAGUGAGCAGAAAACUGAAAUUCUUCGCUCCAAUGGCGGCUAUAGCACAGGACGGAAGUUUGGUCCUGUAGUUACCCAGAAAUUGAAGGUACAUUUUGAGAAAGAUCCAUAUCCUAGCCGUGAAACGAAAGAGAAUCUAUCAGAAGAACUAGGCUUGACAUUUAAUCAGGUCUCCAGAUGGUUCUCUAGUACUCGUCACUAUUUAAGGGUUGCUUCUGCCAAAAAAGAAAUGCAUCCUGACGGCCAUACUAGUGAGAAUAAUGAUAGCACAACUGUAGAUAGCUUGCAAGCAAGACAACCCAAUGCUGGGGUGAUGGAAAAGUUGACUAGGGAUAGAAAUGACAUUGUUCCUGAGACACUGAUGGCGCAGAACAAUCUUAACCAAGGGGUGAUGGAAAAAUUGAUUAGGGAUAGAAAUGACAAUGUUCCUGAGGAACCGGUGGUGCAGAGCAAUCUUAACCAAUGUAAUAUUGAAGAAAUCCCGCUUUCUGGAACAGAAAUUGAGAUGGAGUCUUGCGGACAAGAAGCAUCUGACUCGAGUGAUGAAGAGUGGUCCGCACUCAGCACACCACGAAAAACAAGAUUACAAGGCAAUGAAAAAGCAUCAGUUACUGAAUCACCACGCUCUACAAAACGGUGUUCCAGAAGAGCAGCUAGGGAGCAGAAUAAUGAACAUACUCAGAGCGAGCAGCUUCAUGGUUCUGCAAGUGAGCAGCAAACUAGCGAGCAGCUUCAUGGUUCUGCAAGCGAGCAGCAAACUAGAGAGCAGCUUCAUGGUUCUGCAAGUGAGCAGCGAACUGAAGCUCUUUGCUCCAAUGUCAGCAGUGGCAAAGCCUCAAAAUAUCAUUUUGGCCCUAUAGUUAGUCAGAAGCUGAAGGAACAUUUUGAAAAAGAUCCAUAUCCUUGUCGUGCAACAAAAGAGAGUCUGGCACAAGAGCUAGGACUGACAUUUAAUCAGAUCAGUAAGUGGUUCUCUGCUACUCGUCAUUAUUCAAGAGAUGCUGUUGCCAAGAACCAAAAACAUCCGGGAGAAAAGACUACUGAGAAUAAUAAUAGCGCAACCUUUGAUGGCACACAAGCAAUUGAACCCAGUGUUGGGUUGAUAGAUAAACCAACUGCAGAUAUAAAUGACAUGAUUUCUGAAAAAUUGAUGGUCCAAAUUAAUCUUAACGAAGGCAUUGAAGAAGAUAUCCCACUGAGCCAAUGUACCAGGUGUGAAGAGGAAGUAACUAUGACUCCAGCUGCCAUCUCAAGGGAAGCUGGUCCUCCAGGAUAUGGUCCUGGAGAAAACUUUCUUCAGGUCAGUUCAAGGAAUACUAGCUGUGAGCAGAGUGUGAUAAUGGCUCCUACCGCUAUCGCAAGAGAAGUUAGUCCACCAGGAUAUGCGCCUGGAGAUAACCAGGGCAGUGGGGCUCCAUGGAAUACAAGCUGUGAGCGAAGACUGUUUAUGAGUCCUGCGGCCAGCUCAAGAGAAGUCGGACCUCCAGGAUAUGGGCCUGAAGAAAACCGAGGCAGUGGCAUUUCCUGGAAUACAAGCAGUGAGCAAAUAUUGUUUAUGAGUCCUACAACCAUCUCAAGAGAACUUGGUCCACCAGGAUAUGGGCCUGGAGAAAACCAGCGCUGUAGCACUUCAUGUAAUACAAGCUGCGAGUCGGGAGUAUUUAUGAGUCCUGUGACCACCUCAAGAGCAGACGGUCCACCAGGAUAUGGGCCUGGAGAAAACCAGGAGAAUGACAGUACGAGCUGUGAGUUGAGAAUGUUUACAAGUCCUACAACCAUCUCCAGAGAAGUUGCCCCACCAGGAUAUGAGCUUACUGGAAAAAACAAGGGCAACAGCGCUUCGUGGACUACGAAUUACCAGCAGGGAGUGUUUAUGAGCCCCAAAACCAUCUCAAGAGAAGCCUGUCCUCCAGGAUUUGGGUCUGGAGAGAACCAGGGCAACGAGACUCCAUGGUAUAUGAGCAGCAAACAGAGAGCGUUUACGAGUCCAUCAUUUACGAGUCCUACAACCAUCUCGAGAGAAGUAGGCUCGCCAGGGUAUGGACAGGGAAAUCAGGGCAAUGGUGCUUCUUGGAAUACGAGUUAUGAGCAGGGAGUGUUUAUGAGUCCUACAGACAUCUCAAGAGAAGUCGGUCCGCCAGGAUACGGUCCUGGGGAAAAUCAGGGCAAUAUCACUUCGUGGAUUUCGACCAACAAGCAGAGAAUGUUUACAGGUCCUUCAACCAUCUCGAGCCAAGUCGUCCUGCCAGGAUAUAGCCCUGUAGGAAUCCAGGGAACUGGUGGCUCAAGGAGUAUGAACCUGGAAGCCUUUCCACCAGGAUAUGGACCUGGAGAAAACCAGCGCGGUGGUGCUUCAGGGAGUGUCAUAAGCCCCCAAGCUCGGUCUGUGGAGAGUGUAGAAUUUUCAGACGAGGCUAGAAAAAAGGCUAUACAGCGGGAGCUGAGACGGCGGCAGAAGUUCAGGUGA